AUGUGCAGCUGCGCAGAGAGCCCAUGUGUUCGCACACCUGGAGCUGCGAAGCUCUGUGUUUUUGAUUAUAAUUCGGCUUCCUUCCAGGAUGAGGACGUGGAAGGCCCCCGCCAUCGUGGGAAGAAGAAGGGGCCGCAUGGGGCAGCGGCAUACCGCGGGACAGUUCAGGCCGAGUGCUUCCACAGGGCCUUCCAGCCAGCAGAGAUCGUGAUCAGUCCGGUGGACAGCGAUCCGUUGCCCACGUUGUUCGUCUCGCAUGGCCUCGGGCCGAUGCCUCUUCUGCGGGACCCCUCUGCACCCUUCCCGCGCAGCCUUGCCGAGCUGCCCCAAAGGCUGCGGCUGGAUGAGCACUUGGUGCGGUGCAUCCUCGUGAUAUCUGCGCAUUGGGAGAGCAGGGACGGGCUUGAGGUGACCUUGCGCCGGACUCAUGCUCAAGGUCUACUUUAUGAUUAUGCCGGAGCAUCCAAAGAGAUGUACGAGGUGCACCACCGCUACCAUCCACCUGGCGAUCCUCAAGUGUCUGGCUGGGUGGUUGACCUUCUUCAGGAAGCGAACCAGGAGAUCCGCGUUAACUCUGCCCGAGCGUUGGACCAUGGUGUCUUCGUUCCACUUCUGCUCAUGCCCAGCUUGGCCUCCGUGCCUGUGGUGCAGCUCAGCCUCCCCGGCUUUCACGGUCGCCGGGGCUCCGAACUUGCACGCCAGUGUCUGGAGGUGGGCAGAGCUUUAUCGCCGCUGCGGUCUCGCGGGGUAUUGAUCUUGGGCAGCGGGCUAUCCACCAACUCCGCCACAAAGCCAGAGCGGCUCGAGAGGUGGACAGAGGAGCUGACACGGCUUUGCAGCGCUUCUUCGGAGGAACGCUUUGAAGGCUUGCGGACCUGGACUUCUACGUUGCCGCAUGCCAGGGAGGUCCACGGCCGUGAAGAGCACCUGUUGCCCUUGCACGUAGCUGCAGGUGCUGCCCGAGAUGAUCCCGGAGAGGCUCUCUGCCAUUGCGUUGAGCAUGGGCUUGUCAUGUCCCACUUCGUCUUCGGCUGGUGGAGACGAACCCGACAUCCACCGCUUGAGAAUUCCCAGUUGCCGAUGGACGAUGACGAGCUCAUGCAGUGUGUGCCCGAGCAGGAGCCAGACGCAACAGUCUUGAGAGAGCCCAUCAAGUUCAAGAACGGCCUGGUUGGCAUCCGUGGAGACUACUACAACCAAGGUCCUUUGCCCGAAGGUUGGGUUUCACCAGGCCCUCUCUCACCAGCAGCUUUGAGCACUCGGGAACCGAGCUGCGAGCGCAGCUAUGCCUCACCACGACCGGAUUCGCGCGGUUCAAACAGCAGCGACUUCUCCGGCAGCUUUCGGCAAUCGCGUGGGCGCAUGAUCUUCCAGCGUGCCCAGCGAUCCGCGACCCCGCCGCUCCAGGAGCACCUCGGCUCUGAGUUGCCGCGUCCCAAGGCAUCACGUCCGGCCGGGACUCCACGAGGCGAAGAUUCGAGCCGAUCUGACAAGGAGGUGCAGAAGAUUAUCCAAGCGGCGAAGCGCAGGCAACUCGAGGAAGCCAGCCUCCUCGGGCUUGAGGGGGUGCCUUCGGUCAGCGGGCCAAGAUUGACGGACGCAAAUCAGCGAGGCUUCUCAAGCUUGAGCUCUGGUCGGUCGAGACCACAAACGGCGGGCAGAUCUGCAGCCCAGGUCCCGCGACCGCGUGCCCAGGGCCGCAACUGGCGCGGGGUGGAGCGACCACCUUCGGCCAGGUUGGAAUUCGAGCGGAUGGACGACUCCACAGCCGACCAACGCUUCCACCUUCAGAGUGGGCCAGGUCCGUCCAGGGCACAUCACCUGGGCUGUGCAGCAGGCCACAGCACCCAGUAUUCCUGCAAAUCCGAGGUUUGGUGGCAGAAGAGCCCUGCGGCAGACAGGCGCCGCCAGGGCGAUUUCGAAAGAUGCACUUUGCCUUCGCAGCAGCCUAGCUGGGAGAGCGAAGUAGGUUACGGUGCAGAGGAGGCCAGUGGUCACUGGCCUUCUGGGAGGCCUCGCAAGGCCGGGGAUCUGCCACCGCUCCCUGGCGCCGAGGGUGGCAAGGCGCAGAGCCUGGGGCUCUUCAUCGUGCCGCCGCCAGAGGCCCCUCAACCUGCAUGGGCGAAGAGUUCAAUCCAACCUCAGGAAGGAGGUGCUUAA